CUCGUGAGGCCACGCCCACUAGGGAAGGUAUAAAUGGGGGCGGCUGGGCCAGCAGAGCCACCCCUGCCCUCACCAUGACGUUCAGUGGUCUCUUCCCCUUCGUGCUUCUUGCCCUGGGAACCCUGGCACCUUGGGCUGUGGACGGUGCUGGAAAUGCUUUGAAAGCUGGAGACUGCCCUCCUAGAAAACCUGCCCAGUGCCUUAAAUAUGAGAAACCCAAGUGCAGCAUUGACCGUCCGUGUCCAGAGAAGAAGAAAUGUUGCCCUGAUGCUUGCGGAAUGACAUGCCUGGAUCCUGUCAACAUCUUGAACCAAGUUGAGGAGAAGCCUGGGAUGUGUCCAGAGUCCCUCGCCCGAUGUUUGAUGUUUAACCCCCCCAAUCGAUGUGAGACAGACAGCCAGUGCCUGGGUGAAUUAAAGUGCUGCGAGAGCUUUUGUGGGAAAGAGUGCCUGCUCCCUGUGAAAGUUGAGGAGAAGCCUGGGAUGUGUCCAGUGCCCGUCGUCCGAUGUUUGAUGCUUAACCCCCCCAAUCGAUGUGAGACAGACAGCCAGUGCGUGGGUGAAUUAAAGUGCUGCGAGGGCUUUUGUGGGAAAGAGUGCCUGCUCCCUGUGAAAGGGAGUUCUUGGGGAGAGAAUGUGGAGAUGACUUGGCUGGUUCCUGUAUUGAAGUCCUGAUCUCAUUUUCUCUCACAGCCUGAUUCCUGCCACUUGGAAGUGGCUCUGGAUUCCUACUCUGCGUGGUCUGGGAAUUCCCUUCUACUCCCACGCUUGGAUCACUGGGGCACUCCGUGGUGAAGCCUUGGUCCUAUCACCAAUAUCUUCUUUGCAGAAAGGCUUGGCACCCAGUAGGCUGCCAGCAAAUGCCUGUUGAUUGGUCAAUAUAUAAAUGAGCAUAUUUCUCUCUGUA